UCCGAUUAAUUGAUGAUGGGUUGUCCGGCCGCGGUAAGCUCACCGCCUGCUUUUUAAAUACUAAUGAAAGGCUCGGUUGGCGGCAGUGACCGCAUGUGAAGCUAUCGGUGACUCUCGUUGCCAUUCGCCCCCGCGCGCUAUCAUCCAAAACCCUAGACUCAGAUAUCCCCGGAACCCUCUCCAUCUCUGGAUCCGAGCGGCGAUGGCUUCCAGGCUGCAGAGAUCGAGCAUUUCGCCGUUCCGGUCACGGAAAACCUCUGCGCCGGCGCCGUCGAAACCUUCCGGACGGCCGACGACGCCGUCGAUGGCCCGUCCGACGACUCCGUCUGUGUCUUCAGCUCGGCCUGGAACCCCGUCCUCAUCGUCGUCCUCAGCCUCGGUUCGGCCGGCGCCUGCGGGAUUGAAGCUUUCGCCGGUGUCUGCUGUCCCACCAUCGAGUCCUCCGUCAGGCCGAGGCCCUGAUUUUUUUAAGUCUAAGGAGAAUGUGACUGUUACCGUCCGAUUCCGACCUCUUAGUAUGCGAGAGAUUAACAAAGGAGACGAAGUCGCGUGGUAUGCGGAUGGGGAUUACACUGUUAGGAAUGAGUAUAAUUCGUCUAUUGCAUAUGGUUUUGAUAGAGUAUUUGGGCCUGCAACAACCACACGCCAUGUAUAUGACAUUGCUGCUCAGCAUGUUGUAAGUGGUGCCAUGCAAGGGAUUAAUGGUACAGUUUUUGCUUAUGGUGUUACAAGUAGUGGGAAGACUCAUACGAUGCAUGGCGAGCAAAAAUCUCCUGGAAUCAUUCCAUUGGCAGUGAAGGAUGUAUUUGGCAUUAUUCAAGAGACACCUGGGCGAGAAUUUCUUCUUCGUGUUUCAUACCUUGAGAUAUACAAUGAGGUUAUCAAUGACUUGCUUGAUCCAAUUGGUCAGAACCUUAGAAUCAGAGAAGAUUCACAGGGAACAUAUGUUGAGGGUAUUAAAGAAGAGGUUGUGCUGUCUCCAGCUCAUGCACUGUCGUUAAUAGCUUCUGGGGAAGAGCACAGGCAUGUGGGCUCUAACAAUUUUAAUCUACUCAGUAGUCGGAGCCACACCAUCUUCACGCUGACGAUUGAGAGCAGUCCCUCUGGUGAAAAUCAUGGGGAGGAAGAUGUGACGUUGUCUCAAUUGAAUUUGAUUGAUCUUGCAGGAUCUGAAAGUUCGAAGACUGAGACCACUGGGCUACGGCGCAAAGAAGGUUCCUACAUCAAUAAAAGCUUGCUCACUCUUGGAACUGUGAUCUCUAAAUUAACUGAUGGUAAGGCUACACACAUUCCAUACCGAGAUUCGAAACUCACUCGCUUACUGCAGUCCUCUCUUAGUGGGCAUGGUCGUGUUUCUCUUAUUUGCACAGUCACACCAGCAUCUAGCAAUACUGAAGAGACACACAAUACAUUAAAGUUUGCACACAGAAGCAAGCACGUGGAGAUAAAGGCUUCACAAAAUAAGAUAAUGGAUGAAAAAUCUCUCAUAAAGAAGUAUCAAAGGGAGAUUUCUUGUUUAAAGGAAGAGCUGCAGCAAUUGAAGCGUGGAAUGAUGGAGAAGCCAUACAUGGCUGCACCGGAUCAAGAAGAUCUAGUUAAUUUGAAGCUUCAGCUGGAAGCUGGGCAAGUCAAGUUGCAGUCAAGAUUAGAGGAAGAAGAACAAGCAAAGGCAGCCUUGAUGGGCAGGAUUCAGCGACUGACCAAACUAAUAUUGGUAUCAACAAAGAAUUCAAUAACUGCAAAUGUUCCAGAUAAUAAGCUGGAACAUAGAAGAAGGCACUCCUUUGGUGAAGAUGAGCUGGCGUAUUUGCCUGAUAGGAAGCGGGAAUAUGUGAUUGAAGAUGAUGUUGCUAGUCUUGAUUCCGAAUUUUCAGUUGAAGGAAGAACUGAUCUGAGCAGUUUAGAUGAAUCAAUUAAGUUCGAUAAAAAAAAUCGAAUGCGUGGAAUGCUGGGCUGGUUCAAGUUGAAGAAACCCGAGCAUCUUUCCAUUCUCUCUGGCAGUGGUGAUAGUGAGGGUUCUGCUAGUGGAUCUCCUUCCUUUUCACAGUCAUCACAACAAAAACUCUUGGCAACUGAUGUGAAAGAUGGAAGAAGGAAAUCUGUUAGUAGAAAAGGGGAUGAUCCUUCAAUUGUUGAUUCCUUUCCAGAAAGAACACAAGCUGGUGACCUGUUUUGUUCAGCAACAAGGGGUCGCAGGCCACCACCGACUGGGAUGACCAUUAUUGAUCAAAUGGAUCUUCUCCGAGAGCAGGUGAAGAUGUUAGCUGGAGAAGUAGCACUAUGUACAAGCUCCCUAAAAAGGUUAUCAGAGCAAGCAAUCAGCAACCCGGAAGAUUCAAAUAUUCAGGAGCAAAUGCAAAAGCUGAAGGCUGAAAUCCAUGAAAAAAGGCUACAAAUCCGUCAUCUGGAGCAACGAAUGGCUGGAUCCUCUGAAGUGACUUCAAGUUCAUCAAAUGGCUUUGAGAUGUCUCAGGCCCUAUCAAAGCUUACCAGUCAGUUAAAUGAAAAGACAUUCGAACUUGAGAUUAUGUCAGCAGACAAUAGGAUCCUCCAGGAACAGCUACAGAUGAAGAUUGCUGAGAACACGGAAAUUCAAGAAACUGUUUCAAUGCUAAAGCGGCAAGUGAAUGCUUUGUCAGACAAAGAAAACAGAAGUGAGACCAGCAUUUCUAGGAAUGCUACUUCUGAAUUUUCUAAAGGAAAUGUUGAUGGCAAUGGCUUAUCAGGCGAAGCAAUUUUUGAUGAAUGUACAGAAUCAAGCACCACAGACACUGUACCAACUGAAAAUCCUGAGCAAUGCACAAGUAACUCAUCUUUAAAAGCCCAGGUUCUUAUGCUGGCUGCUGAGAUUGAGAAUCUGAAGCAAGAGAAGGUGAGGCUUGCAGAGGAAAAGGAUGGGAUUGAAAUUCACUGUCAAAAAUUGUCUGAGGAAGCUUCUUAUGCCAAGGAAUUGGCUGCAGCUGCAGCAGUUGAACUCAGAAAUUUAGCUGAAGAGGUCACUAAAAUUUCUUAUCAGAAUGCAAAGUUAACCGCUGACCUUGCCGCAACAAAAGAGCUGGCCUUUGCUAGAAACAACAAUUGUCCACGGUGUAUGCAGUCUGUUGGGAAGCAAGGUCAGACCAACAACCGGCGAUCGGAUGUUUAUUUGAAUGGAGCUGAAGAUGCCAUUUCAAUUGAGGAGCUUCAGGAUGAACUAUUUUCAAGACGCCAGAGAGAAACUACUUUGGAGGCUACACUAUGUGAUAAAGAAAGAAAGGAAGCUGAGCUUCAGAAAAGAAUAGCUGAGGGAAAACAACGAGAACAGGAUCUAGAAAAUGAACUUGCCAACAUGUGGGUGCUAGUUGCAAAAAUGAAGCGAAGUGGUGGUAGCUUCGACGAAACAUCUCCUGACGGGGUGAAUGAUAUUGAUUUCUUGUCAAAAAGGAAUGGUGUGGUUACGGCUAAUGGUAAUCAUUCUUUGAAGCCCAAGGGUGAUAGAUUUUCUGGAGUUUCAAACGUAGAUGGAAAUGGGGCCAAUGAUGAAGUAAGAGCUGCCUAUGAAUAUGAAAGAAGGCGGUGUAAAGAAUUAGAGGGUGUCAUAUCUAGGUUGAAGUGUGAAGAUCUCAGUGGAAUGGAUGUAGCAAGUCUUGAAGAAUUGCAAAGUUUUCAUGUUGAGGCAUUAUCAAAGAUAUGCCAAGAGAAGCUCACAAAUCGAGUUCUAUAGCAAGGGAGUUGUUUUUUGUUUAAUUUAUUAUGGAGAAGUUUCCUUCACCCGAGUUUGGUGGAAUGUGUUUUAAUCUCAACUCGCACAAGAACUUCUGAUACACAAGAUUCUGACUGCAGUUAGUUUUAUCUGAUGAUAUUGACAGCAAUACUCUGACAUGGCGUGUAAUUAAGUUGGUCUUAGCUUUAUAUAGUCAUAUUUUGUGUAAGCAGGCUGAUAUGUUUAUUUCACGGAAAUAAUCAUGUCAGAAUCCAAGCUUAACCCAUCCAAAUUAAAAUAUAAUAUUUAUAUUUAUUAUGUUAUAAAUAUUAAAUUUUAAAUAAAAAUAAAUUGAAACCAAUAGUUAACAUAUAUAUUGUAAUCGUUGACUGUAAUGUAUAUUUGUAGUAUGUAAUGAUGGUUUUUUUUUUUU